UUUGUUUGUUUGUUUUUUAUGUACAAUUUGCAUGAAUGUUUUAGCCUUGGGGAUUUAAUUAAUUUGUCACAAUACAAAAAGUGUUCACAUGGGAUUAACCUGGCCAAUGCUAAACCACUGGACUUUUACCUUCACGGAUUAGUUGAGCACACACUUCCUGGUAGCUUUUAUCUCAGUGACGCUGCUUCUCAGGCUCAUUCAUAGAUCACUCCUCUGCAGCUCUACAGCAUUUCCUCCUGUAUGUUCUCUCACCAUCACAACACAAUUAGCAGAACAAACUUUUCAUAGUGUCCUCCUGGAACUGGACUAUACACACAACAUAUUAAGGAGCGCCUGGGACCAGUAGAGCUGAAGGAUUGUUGUUGUUGUUUUCGUGGAAGAGCGAAAGGAUCAGUUUGAAGGAUCUCAUGACAAGUUACAGCAGCGGAGGAUUUUUCAACCCUGCCUACCAUGACAGCGAGACUCUGGAAAUUGAUAGAAGGUCUUCCAGCAGAACCCACCACACUAACCCCUAUGCCAGGGAAGACCCUGAAAGGGGAAACAUGCAUUACCUGUCACCUGAUCAGACCAAUGCUGAUGAUGCUGUAGGAAGAGUACCAUGGGGGGGUUGGCAGGAGGAGAGCUGGAGGGGCAGAGAGAGCAUCCCCAUGGGGCUCAUUUCAACGCGCCCUGGGAGUCCUUCAUGGCAGCAUGACCUCAAUCACAGUACGUUCCAAAUCCCUGCUGACUCUCGGUAUGAUCGAUCACAUUCGGCUCGACUUCCUUCAAUGUCAGGUAACAUGACAAUGAGAUGGAGGGGGAUUUCGAUGAGAAGGAUGAGCAUGUUUCCAAAUAGCGAUCCUGCCCAUCUAGCUUUCACAGAGGAUGCCAUCAGGAAUGAGAUGGAGAAUGAGGAACAGAACCUUGUCAAGGAACUCGUUGCCCUGUCGACACGAGACCGAAUUCGAGCCAUCCGGGACCUUCCAAUGAGCUUUGAAGAGAAGAAACACAUCAGGAGCCAAGUAUUGACGUUCAAGUCUGCUAAGCAAUCUCGCCAGUUCACAUGUUUUGCAGACUGCUCUGAGAACAUGUCACUGUCUUUCCGCAGGUGUGGUUACAAUGUGAGGUCAGCCAGGCAGACCCUGGAGCUAUGGCAAGGCAUCAUGAAAGAGAUAGGUGGCACAUUUGGCACCAGCGUCCUUUCCUAUUUCGUGUUCCUCAAGUGGCUGCUUAUGUUCAACAUUUUCUCCUUCCUGGUAAACUUUGGCUUCAUCACCAUCCCAGUCCUUGUUUAUGACCCCUCACCCAACAUUCCUUUGAAUGUGAGCUUUAGAGGACUGGAGAUACUGACUGGAGCUGGUUACUUCAACUACACUGUCAUGUACUAUGGUGGCUACAGCAAUGAAACCCUGGUGGGUCUUUCAGACUACAACAUGCAGCUGGCCUAUUUUUUCACAAUUGCACUAUACAUGGUGCUGUGUGGAAUCGCACUCAUCUUCAGCAUGGCCAGCUCAUUCAAGAAAAACUAUGUGCUAGCAGACUCAUCUUCGAGCAGUGCAUGGCAGCUUCUGUGCAGCUGGGAUUUUAAUAUUACCAAUGAGAGAGCAGUGAGACAACGCAAGAACAAUUUACGUGUCCAACUCACGGAGUCUUUGUCAGAGAGAGCCCAAGGUGAGCUGUUAACCCUCUCUGAAAAGCUGAAGCACUUUGGGAUUUAUCUGGGUUCCUGGUUCCUGUCCACUGGCUUGGCUGUUGGCUGUGGAGUUGGCAUUUAUUAUCUCUGCAUAUAUGAAAAGAAGCACACAACAGAUGCUGCCAAUUGGUCUCUGCUCCAGGAGGCAGAGACUCUCCUGGUCCCCUUUGUAGUGUCUCUGAUAAACCUGGUUGUGCCACUCUUCUACUCCCUGUUCAACAAGUUUGAACACUACUCCAGUCAACGCAAACAGAUCUACGCUCUGGUGGUCAGAAAUGUUUUACUCAAGAUGUCCAUUCUGGGUGUCUUGUGUUAUUACUGGAUGAAUGUGGUUGCUGAGAAGUUUUCGUGUUGGGAGUCCAUGGUGGGACAGGCUUUGUACCGUCUGGUCAUUUUUGAUUUCUUUUUCCUGAUGUUGGGAUCCUUCUUUGGAGAGUUUCUAAGGAAUGUGAUGGGGAGGAGAUUAUUACCAUGUCUUGGGGUGCCAGAGUUUGAUGUAGCCAGAAAUGUUCUUGAACUCAUCUACGCACAGACUCUGGCCUGGAUUGGAAUCUACUUCUCUCCUCUGCUGCCUGCCAUCCAGAUUCUCAAAUUUUUCAUCUUGUUUUACUUAAAGAAAGUUAGCCUGACCCAGAACUGCCAGCCUCCACGGCGGUCAGGCAGGGCAGCUCAAAUGCAAACCAUCUUCAUCGCCCUUCUCUUCUUCCCUUUCUUUGUCGGAGCCCUGUCCAUUGUUGCAUACACUGCCUGGAGCCUGACUCCCUCAGAGCAGUGUGGUCCGUUUCGGGGUCUCAACAAUACCUUCAGUGUGGUUGAAGUCUGGAUAGACAAGCUGGAGACGAUCCCUGGUUCUCAAUGGGUUGUCUGGAUCUUUCAGAAUGUCAUCAGAAGUGAAAUCUUUUACUUUUUUAUCACACUCAUUAUCAUAGUCGUCAUAUACAUCUUCUGGCAAGUCACUCAAGGCCGCAAGCAGCUUAUUGUUCAACUGAGACAACAGAUUAUUAAUGAGGGGAGAGACAAGUCCUUCUUGUUAGAAAAGCUUCAGAACCUCCAGAAAUCUAAUAAAAAAGCCAAACAGAAGAAUCAUAAAAAGCGUGCCAGCCGGCGUUCAGAUGACCACUCCUCAGGCGGUCAGUCCAACUCAAACGCCAUGGUUCAGGCUUUACUCGCUCGCCAGAGGAUUGAAGAUGAGGAGGAGAGACACAGGGCUGGUGGAGUUCCUGUUCCCUCUGACAUCUCCAACUCCAGUGCUCUGGCUCAGGCCAUGUUGGCCCGCCAGAGAGCUGAGGACCAGAAUGAAGAUUCGUACCAGAUGUCUGAUAGACACUCAUCAUCCUCCAUCGCCCUCACACAUUCCAUACAGGUGGCCAUGGUUCAAGGGAGGGAUGAAAACUAUGGCAUGUCAGGUCUUUCUGAAAACCCUGUCAACACAUCCAGCGCUGUCACACAGGCGAUGCAAGCCAGACAAAGAGCAGAGCAGCACAGAGCAGAUGAUACAGAUGAUCUGCCAUCUUCUGUGUCAAGUGUUAUGAUGCAAGUCAUGCAAGCCCGGCAGAGAGCAGAGGAACUUCCACAGAACCCAGCUCCUGCAGGCUCCAGCGCUCUUAUACAGGCCAUGCUGGCUCGGCAACAGGCCCAGAAUGAGUACGAUGACGGUUACUGAACUUUAUCGUACCAUGGAGAGAAGAACAAAGAGAGCAACAGAAUGGAUGACUGAAGUCACACAAACACACUGAAAUCAGGUUAGGAAUUUGUGUUGUCACCCGUAAAUGAAUUAGUCCAGAAAUGUCAAGAAGAGAGUGCAGGUCCACUUCUUCAUGCACUUUUUAAAAUUAAUAUAUUUUAAUAGUAUGUAUUAUGACAUUCUACAUCUUGUAAAAUGAAUGAGUACUAUAACAUUUAUGCACUAGGCCUUAUCUUGUGCCAUUUAUAAUGUAAUUUGUGUAUCACAAACAUAAAUUGUUAAUACUGUAUAUAUUCUCUGUCAUAUGUGGAUGAACACAAAAUAUAAAUAAAAGAAAGUAAAUACAUGACAAAAAUAAAUUAAUCAGUGUCCCCUGCAUUACAUCACCAUGUAAGAAAUGGCUUUUGAAAUCAAACUAUUCAUGCCAAAAUAAGCCAAAUAAGCAGUCACCACCAUUAAUUAUAAUUUUGCAAAUGUGGUCUGUUAAGACAACACUGCCCCCUGUAGGAAUUAUGUAAACAAUACCAAUAAGAAUUUUACCACACUUGUCAAACUUAUUUUGCCAGAGGUUCAUCAGUCAUAUUAAACCUCCCUUAAUCCCCAUAAGACAUGGGAAUUACCUUGUUAAAAAAAAAAAAAUAACAUUAUCUCAUUUACUCCAACUGAAAAAUCUCAGAUCAGUGACUAUGCAAAUAUUUUUGGCGUCUAAGUGUCUAAAUUGCUGGAUACAAGAAGUCUCCUACUUUACUGAAAAGUAUUUUCUCAGUGCAUGUUUCCACAUCGUUAUUGUGCCUACUGGACCUUAAGUGGCUUUAUGCAGAGGACAGAGAAACUUUCCUCUUCAGCAGAUGGGUCAAACCUCUACACAUCCAAAUGAAGUAACAAGUCACAAAACCACGUCUGUAGCAUCUAGAAUUUGUUUUACAAACAAAAAUUAAGUAUAAGAUAAAAUUCCUCAUGGAAUUUAAUGACCAAUAGCCAAAACAUAUUUCUGAUUGG